AUGGUCAAAGGCAACAAAGCCAGUGGAGGCCAAACUCGCAAGGCCAAGGCAACCAACAAUGGAGAAAUGAUCAAGGUAACUCGCAUCAAGGAAAUUGGAACAACAACAACAACUUUGCAAACCGGAGCUCCAACCCAGUGGUGGAAGUGGCUCAACUUCUCACGUCAUGGAAAUAACUACAAGAAGUGGGAAGGUUUACAAGGUGACAUUGAGCAAGAGGUUGUUGGGGAAGAAGCUGGACAAGAAGUUGAAGCAGAAGAGCAACGGGUUGUUGAAGUUGAAAGGGUGCCGGAAAAAGAGAAGGUGCAAGAAGUGAACCAAGAAAGGGUGAAGGAAAAGGAGAAGGAGACAUCAAAAGCUCCACCUCCUAUUCCUAGACCUCCUCAGCCUUUUCCUCAAAGACCUAUUAGAAGGGUUGAUGAUAGCAAGCUUGAGAAAUUCUAUUAUAUUCUAAAGCAAUUGUCGAUGAACAUUCCAUUCUUGGAGGCUUUUCAAGAAAUGCAGGGGUUUUCCAAAUAUUUGAAGGAUUUGAUCACCAAAAAUAGGACCACAAAGAAUGAGGUGGUAAACAUGACUCACCGGGUUAGCUCUAUUAUUGCCACAAGCCAUGUCCAAAAGAAAGAGGACCCGAGAGAAUUUACUCUUCCAUGCACUAUCGGGGAGCAUGACUUUGCAAAAGCCCUUUGUGACAAUGGGUCUAGCAUCAACUUGAUGCCACUUGCCAUCUACAAGCAAGCGGGAUUAGGGAUGCCGAGGCCAACAAGAAUGAGGUUACAAAUGGCCGAUCGAUCUAUUAAGCGACCGGUAGGAAUUGUUGAUGAUGUGAUUGUGAAAGUUAGAAAAUUCCAUUUGCCCACCGACUUUGUAAUUCUUGACUGUGCUGUUGAUAAAGAGAUCCCUAUCAUCUUGGGGAGAUCAUUCCUAGCCACGGGAAGAGCACUCAUAGAUUCGGAGCGAAAUGAAAUUAAGUUUCGGGUGAAUGAUGAAGAAGUCACAUUUCAAGCGAGCAAGGGUAUGAGAUUACCCAAUGAGUAUGAGAGCAUUUCAGUGAUAGAUGUGGUUGAUGAGGUUGAAGAUGUCGUCGAGUUGAAAAUGGAAGAACAAUGCCUUGGUGAGGUAUUGGCGGCUAUCUUGGUAAACUUUGAUGGUGAGGACAUGGAUGGGUACAUGGAGUCGGUAAAUGCAUUGGAGGGUCUUGGAUCCUAUACUUACACUCCGGAAAAGCUUUCUCUUGACUUGGAUAAUAGGGCCACACCUCCUGCCAAGCCAUCAAUCAUUGAGCCACCACAACUAGAGCUCAAGCCUCUCCCGCCGCACUUAAGGUAUAGAUUUCUUGGCUCUAAUGAUACUUUACCUGUAAUCGUUUCGUUUUUGCUAAAUGAUGUGCAGGUAAACCAAUUGUUGGAAGUCUUGAAAGAACAUAGGCAAGCCUAA